AUGCUGUCAGCUCCAAUAGACAGUCAUCAAAUAGCUAUGAGACCUGUCCCUCAAGAACUUGCAAAACGAGGAUCAAACGUUGUAAUAGUAACCCCACUCCCUGCUUUUACCAACGGGAGCGUCCCAUCCAACCUCAUUGAAAUCGAUAUGAAAUAUACAACAGAUAACGUUAGUAAAAGGUUAAUGGAAUAUGUCACAGAUAAUAAUAUUUUUGAUACCAAAAGUCAGAAAGAAAUAUUUUCUAAAUACACUACAAAUAUAUGUAAUGCUCAAUUGAAAUCUAAAGAAGUGCAAAAGCUGAUCAAAGAUGGAAAAAGAAGUUAUGACGUUGUAUUAUUCGAAGCAGGAGGUAGAAUGAAUACAGUAUUGGCACAUCUAUUUAAUGUACCAACAAUACGAUUAUCCUCUCUAGGUGGUCAUUUUGAUGAACUUAAUACAUUAGGAGGCGUUGUACAUCCAUUAUUUUAUCCAGAGCAUAUGCAGCAAAGAUUAUAUAAUCUCACUCUUUGGGAGAAACUAAAUAAUAUGUUUAAUCAUUUUUGUGUGAUGUUUUUAAAUGUACAUAGAAUUUGGGCAGAUAAUCAACCUGUACCGCCCAGUAUUAUAUUUUACGGUGAAAUAGAUAGAGGCCCACAUAAAGAAUUGUCACAGGACUUAAAAAACUAUUUGGAUACUUCCGAAAAUGGCGUCAUAUACGUGAGUUUUGGAACGACAGUGUCGACGACCGAUUUACCCACAGAUAAAUUACAAAUGUUUAUGAAUGUUUUAUCCGAGAUGCCAUACAAUAUUCUUUGGAAAUCUAGGAAGAAUCAAUUUUCUGAUAUACCGAGAAAUAUUAAAGUUUUAGAAUGGGUCCCGCAAUCUGAACUUCUGAAACAUCCAAAUAUGAAACUGUUUAUAACUCAGGGAGGUAUACAUUCGACACACGAAGCGAUAGCUGCCGAAGUUCCUCUAAUUGCUGUACCAAUUAUAGGAGAUCAAUGUUACAAUGCUGAAAAGUACAGAUAUCAUAAAAUUGGUGAUAUGAUUAAUUUCCAUACUGUCACUGCUGAAAUAUUUAGAAAAACAAUUGAAACUGUACUGUCGGAUGAAAGGUAA